AUGUCAAAUGCAUACAUCACUAGUUGGUUUCUGGAAGCCAUAUCUGUGCGUCUAAGUAACGGAAAAAAUGUGUUAUUCGUUACAAACGAUGACUUAGUGUACGGUUUGGGCGAUAACACCGAGGGCUGCCUAAGUCUGGGCAAUAAUAACCCGGUUUAUACGCCACAAUUGAUCCCGGCUCUCUGCCAACAACAUAUCCAACAGUUUAUAAGCGGCAAAAACUUUGUGCUGGCUAUCAAUGAGUCAAACCAAAUAUAUAGCUGGGGCUGUAAUAUGUUGUGUCAAUUGGCUAGGGAACCAAGGGGAUUUUUUCAACUAAUUGAUUUAAUCGACUACUUCGACGAUAAAAAUAUAAUCCAGGUCAGUUGCGGUUAUGAGCAUUCGUUAGCCCUGUCCUUUGAUGGCCAGGUGUACGGUUGGGGCAGUAAUUUUGAUGGACAGAUAGGGUGUGGCGAUAAGGGGGACGACAACACAAUACUACCCAUACAACUAAAAUUGACCGGGGGACAUUUGAUUAAAUAUAUUUAUUGCCAUUCUAACUGUUCAUUCGCUAUCACAAUGGAUGGCAGUGUAUUAAGCUGGGGCUCCAAUGAAAACUAUCACCUUGAUGACAAAGAGCUAGUAGUAAAAGAAGUGGAAAGCCUACUAAAAGUGCGGUCAGAAUACGUGGCCGAGUAUUACGAUAUAUGGCAGGAAAGGGAUGUUAUUUACAUUCAACUGGAGUUGUGUUCAGACAGUCUGACAAACAUUUUGCGACUAAAACCACAAGUCGUUCACCGGAACCUCAAACCCGACAACAUAUUGAUCGCAAGGAAUGUAAGGAACGGUAGAUUUGUUAAGUUAUGUGACUUCGGUUUGGUUACAGUUCACGACAAACGCAUACUGUGUGGACAGUUAGAUGUCGGGGAACUCCGAUAUAUUGCACCGGAAGUAUACAAGGACCACAAAAACUUAUGAAUAAAGCGUUAAACAAACCAAUAAUAAAAUUGCAAAAACUAUUGGAGUCUAUGGUUAACACAAAUUGGACUAAACGUGUGGAGAGUCGGCAAGUGUUGGCUAAACACCACAAGUGGUCUAUCGAUAAGAAUAUUCUGUUAAAUGAUACAGAAUUUGAGUCC